CAUGUGAUAAUUACAGGCAGGUGUGUUUGAUAUGGGUUGCAACUGAAAUCUGCAGGAAAGUGGCUCUCCAGGAACAGGGUUGACCACCCCUGUUCUAGUACAAUGAUCUCGAACUCAAUUCCUGAAGGGCUGCAGCUUGGUUUAGCUCCUACUCACACCUGUUUAAUAGUGUCUAGUAGUCUUGAACGCCUUGAUUAGUUGGAUCAGUUGUCUUUGAAUAGGGUUGGAGCAAAACUGUGCCCCUGCAGCCCUCCAGGAAUCAAGUUUGAGACCUGUGUGCUAGCAAGAGCCUGAUUAGCUGGUUCAGGUGUGUUUGAUUAGGGUUGCGAGCUAAAUUGUUGAGGACACCGGCCCUCCAGGACCGAGUUUGGACACUCCUGCUUUAACUGAAGGACCUACUGGAUUUGCCUACUAUUAAAUAACCUAUUGAGCCUGUGUAUAUUUGACCCAUGUAUAGUUUUUAAUAUUUAAAGCCUGAUUGUACUGAUAAAUGUUGUUAAAAAAGUGUAUUUGAUUAUGACCUGAACCCAGCAAACAAUGUUGUGUUUAUUAGACGUCUAAUGGACACCUAAAUGUAGGCAGCUAGGCUAAAACAAGGCUUAACUUGGCCUGCCAGUGAAAAUCUAAUAGCUAUCUUAGAAUAGAUCAAAACUAGACUAGUCAUGGAAUACAGAGUAGACAGACUUUGCAUAUGUAGUGGUACAACUUUUUUUUUUUUUUUUCAAAAAUUUUUUUUUUUACUUUUCUUCAAUGUCGAUUAGAUGUUCACUGUCAGCUCAAAUUUAGCCUUGCUUUAGCCAAGCCAUAUUUGUUUAGAUAUCUAUUAGACAUCUCUUAGACUUAAAAAAAAAAAAAAAACUAAUAAACAUCUAAACGUAGAUAGCUUAACUAAAGCAAGGCUAAAUUUAUGCUGUCAGUGAAAAUCUAAUAGACAUCUAAGAAUAGCCCAAAAGUAGACUAGUUAAAUAGACAGAUUUUAAAUGUGUAGUUAUUAAUUUCUGUUUUUUUCAUGACUAGUUUUGGUUUAUUCUUAGCCAAGACGACUGUUUAGACGUCUAUUAGACAUCUUUUAAAAACAAAAUUCUUGCUGGGAAUAGUUGAAAAUACGUUUCUGUUAUUGUCAUUGAACAGGUUCUUAUCAAUCAUUUAAAUAGGCUGGGGUUUGUUAUGUAAAGAAUAUACAUAGUCUGCUUCUCACUAAAUCAAAUCCCAUAAAGACUGCUUCUUUAAAAAUCAAUAAAGACCAUUGUUUUCCACAGAAACACUGUAAGCAUCCCUGAGGUAACUUCCUAGGAAAUCUCAGCAUCAAGGCAGCGAGAGCAAAAGCUUUGCGUUUUACAGCUCGCCUCAUAAAUGUGAGCGUCUUCAACUCGCAUCACACAGCUCCGCGUUUCUGACGGGCUCUGGAGAUCCUCGGUGUGUCGUACUGUUUUCGGUCACGAUGCCGUCCAGCAAACUUCACCUGGAGUGAAUGAAGAAUUCGCGGGAUUACAGCUGAUGCUUAAUCACGAAUUGAGGCAGAUGUGCAACUUCAACACGAUGAAUUCCGCGAGCGCUGAACUACGCGGUUUACCUCGCUCGGCUGACGUCCUCGUUCAUGUAUGAGAGAUUAUUCGUUCACCGCCGACUGUCCGUUCAUCACUUCUUCAAUACUCUCAUCCCGAAGCUUUCGCCUGAGCGUCAGUGUAAAAUGGGAAUCUGAAGUGCUUCACUUUCGCAGUUUUCCGGAGAAAAAGGUCCCAGGAAACGCAAAUUACCAGGUCUUCUCAUCCUCUCAGUUUCUUCACUCCUCUGGCUGCUCCUGGCUUCUGGAGAACACCUCGUCUGCACGCUGCCUCGGACACCAGGAACCUGCCGCCACGUCAAUCACGUCCUCACAGCCGGCUGCGGGGCGGCCCUCGUGGCCGGGAUGCCACUGUGUACCCUGCCAGUCGGCGGUGGAUCCUGAGGGGCAGGAGCUGCCCACCCAGUGCAGGGGGCAGAAGAACAAACACCCCGAACACGAAAUGAAUCUCUGCUGGAACGAGAUCAAACGCAAAUCCCACAACAUCAGGGUACGGCUUGAGGCCUUUUCGGACAACAGCGGGAAGCUCCAGCUGUCCCUACAGGAGAUCAUCGAAUGGCUGACAGCUAAAGACGAGGAGCUGUCCGAGCAGCUGCCCAUCGGAGGAGACGUCGGGGCAGUGCAGCACCAGCGGGAGUUUCACCAGGCUUUCAUGGAAGAUGUCAAAUCCAGAGGGCCCUACAUCUACUCAGUGUUGGAGUCGGCUCAGACCUUCCUGGCACAACACCCUUUCCAAGAGCCUGAGGAAACGUUACCUGAUGGCAAAGAGGUCUCUCCUCGCCGACGGAUGCUGAAUGUCAGCCGUUCCGUGUGGAAGCAGGCCAACGUGGCCAGUGACCUGUGGGAGAAGUUGACGGCGCGCUGCGUGGACCGACACCGGCACAUGGAGCGAACCCUGGAGAGGCUGCUGCAGAUCCAAGCUGCCAUGGAAGAGCUGGCAGCGGCUCUGGAGCAGGCGGAGGGAGUGAGGGAUGCCUGGGAGCCUGUGGGAGAUCUGUUCAUCGACUCGCUGCAGGACCACAUAGAUGCUACAAAGCUGUUCAAAGAAGAGCUGAGCCAGGUUAAAGAAGGAAUGAAACACAUCAAUGACCUGGCCCAUGAGCUGGCCAUAUCUGACGUGCACUUGUCCAUGGAUAACGCCAGAGCCCUGGAGCACCUUAACAACCGGUGGAAACUUCUGCAGGGGUCAAUUGAAGAACGCCUGAAACAACUGCAAGAUGCCCACAGAGAUUUUGGGCCAGGAUCGCAGCACUUUCUCUCCAGCUCCGUGCAGAUACCUUGGGAACGUGCCAUAUCGCCCAACAAAGUGCCAUACUACAUCAACCACCAGGCCCAGACAACCUGCUGGGACCAUCCAAAGAUGACUGAAUUAUACCAGGCUCUGGCGGACCUGAACAACAUCAAGUUCUCUGCAUACCGGACGGCCAUGAAGCUGAGGCACGUGCAGAAGGCGUUAAGAUUGGACCUGUUUAAACUGAGCAGCGUGGUGGAUGUGUUUAGAGAACAGGAGCUGCAGCAUGGCGAACACGUGAUGGACGUGGUGGAGGUCAUUCACGCUCUCACUUCACUCUAUGAGAGACUGGAGGAGGAGAGGUCCGUCCUGAUCAACAUCCCGCUGUGCGUCGAUAUGUGUCUCAACUGGCUGCUGAAUGUUUACGACAGUGGUCGUAAUGGUAAGAUGCGAGUGCUGUCCUUCAAGAUGGGCCUGGUUAUUCUAUGCAAUGCAGACAUCCAGGAGAAGUAUAAAUACCUUUUCCGACAGGUGUGUGGUCCAGGCGGCCUGACAGAUCAGAAACAUCUCAGUCUGUUACUGCACGAGGCCAUUCAGGUCCCACGGCAGCUCGGGGAGGUGGCGGCCUUUGGAGGGAGCAAUGUAGAGCCCAGUGUCCGCAGCUGCUUUCGCAUGGUUUCCGGAAAGUCGGCGAUCGAGUUGUCUCACUUCUUGGAGUGGAUGAGUCUGGAGCCUCAGUCGGUGGUGUGGCUUCCAGUUCUGCAUCGUGUUACUGUGGCUGAAACCGCUAAACACCAGGCGCGCUGCUACAUCUGUAAACAGUGCCCUAUCAAGGGCUUCAGAUACCGAAGUCUAAAACAAUUCAAUGUGGACAUCUGCCAGACGUGUUUUCUGACGGGCCGAACAACCAAGGGCAAGAAACUACACUAUCCCAUCAUGGAGUACUACACCCCGACGACCUCAGGUGAGAAGAUGCGGGACUUCGCAAAGACGUUGAAGAACAAGUUCCGCUCGAAGCAGUAUUUUAGUAAACACCCUCAGAGGGGAUACCUGCCUGUUCAAUCAGUACUGGAGGUGGAGAGCUCUGAGACGCCCUGCUCAUCUCCCAGGCUGCCUCAUGCAGACACACACAGCCGGAUCGAGCAUUUUGCCAGCAGGUUGGCAGAAAUGGAGAACCAGAACUGUUCCUUUUUCACUGACAGCCUCUCGCCGGAUGAAAGUUUGGAUGAAGAUCAGUACCUCCUGCGUCACUCCAGCCCCAGUCUCGAGCAGGACUCCCCUCACGGCCUCAUGCUGGCCCAGCUGGACUGCCAGGACCGAGAGGAGCUGCAGCGCACCCUGCACCGCCUGGAGAACGAGAACCGGGUGCUGCAGGGCGAGUAUCGGCGGCUGAAGUGGAAGCACGAGGAAGCAGCAGCAUCACCUCAGCUUCUGGAGUCAGGUCCAGGUUCACCACCCGGUCAGCAAGACGAGGAACUUCUAGCCGAGGCCCGAGUCCUCCGACAGCACAAAACCCGCCUGGAAACCCGCAUGCAGAUUCUAGAGGACCACAACAAGCAACUGGAGUCCCAGCUCCGCAGACUCCGAGAACUACUGCUGCAGCCCAAAGACGACUCGGAGGCCAAUGGUUCGGCACCCUCCUCUCUGUCCUCUCCGGUGUCAGGUGGCCACCAGGGGGAGCCUCCCAGCAGAGAGACCACAGACACAGAAGCUGCAGGUGAGGAUUUGGAUCAUGAGCAGGACACGGUACUGCAGCUGCAGCAGGUUAUCGAACAGUUGAGGAACGUCUUCCCGUCUGAGCCAGGACCAUGAAGAACCUGAAGCCAAACUCUGAGGCCUAUACGUCUGCAGGUGCCGUAUUGCUCAUCUAAAGGUGGGCAGGGUCUUCAACGUCCAGGGCCGUCGAAUCCAGACCAGAAGAGUUUCGUUUGCCAGUCCCAAAGAGCAGAGGGGAUUUCUGAGUGCUGACUAAACAAACUAAUGUUUACAUGGUACCAAAAGCCUGCAUUGAUCCGGACACUGUGCUAACCGUGUGCUAAUGCAAGGUGUGGAGCUUCAUCCGUACAGCACAAGAGCCAGAAGAAGGGAAGAAGUCUCUCCUUAGGUAUCCCUGUGCCAGCAACUUCUCUGUGUGUGCGUGUGUGUGUGUGUGUGUGCGUGUGUGUGUGUGUGUGUUUUUCCAUUUUAAAAUGAUUUACUUACUCAUGCGCAUAAACACAAAUAUACACGUAUAUCGAUGGUAAGUCAGGAAUGUGUGGCCCCUGUCCCGUGAAGCAGAAAAAAGCAGAUUUCUCUGAAUUUUCAGGACACACAGGAAAGCUUAUUUACACUGGAGGAAUGACGUCUUUGGUUGAGCCUAUCAUUUAUUUAAGAUGCCCACAAACAUUGUGCUACUGCCUUGAGCUUCUCUUUACUUUUUCAUCAAUCGAAAAUGCAUAUAAUUAUGCACACUCUGCAUUUUCUUGAUUAGUAUUUGUGUUUUGCUUUCAAUACAAAUAUCUAAGCAUCUUUAAAACGAGAUAUGAUAUUGUUUAAAAGUUUGAGGUUAGUGUGAUUUUUAAAGAAAUGGUAUUAAGAAAUCGUGCAUUAAAUUGAGCAAAUGUUACAGUAAAGACGUUUAGAUUAAGUACACAUGAAAUCAAAACUAACCAACUAAGCUGUGUCCAGGGUCGGAUUAACCAAUGGGCAUUAUGGCCCCUGUGCACUUGGGGCCUCUGCGAGCGUGGAAAAAUGCCACUUUUGGAGUGCCUAUUUAGGCUAAGAGCAAAUAGUGCACCUCCUUGGAAUAAGCUAGUUAAGCGAUUCCCACCCAUCACCGUUUGAUUGACAGAGAAAACAUAACUGAAGAGCGCAAUAGACAGCAGCGCGAGUGGCGUAGUUCGUUAAGCGCAUGGCAACUUGUUUUGAUGCGAUCGAUCAUGAACCCGGUCUGAUGAACACGUUUUUCUUUUUCCCCCACUACAUAUUAGAUUUUGCCUAUUCUUCAUCAUGAGGAAGACAAGUAGGAAUCAUUAAUAAGCGUGUGUAUUAUGGAGGACUCAGAUUCAUAAAACUGGAUUGGAGAGGUGUUAUAUCCAAACCAUAUGCAUCAUAGAAGUAGAAGUUAUGCAUUAAAAAUACCUUUAAAUAUAAUUUUUAGUUGUGCUUCAGUGAACUUGAACAAGUAAAUUA